GCCUCCACCGCAACACGCAUCCAAUCCAUUCCGUCUGCCGCCGAUUCAUCCCUCGCCAACGUCCGGGGCCCACAUGGCAGCCACCCGCAAGCUCCGCUCCCCGUCCGCCGCCGCCAGCGGCGACCACCUCCGCUUCCUCCGCCCCGGGGCCCUCGCCCGCCUCCGCGACGCCAGGCUCCGCCGCGGGAGUCGCGCCACCCGCCCGGCCCCGCCAUCGCCACCGUCGCCAGCGCCGGCUUCCCCCACAUCGCCUCCUUCAGCGGCUGGAGACGGCGAGGGCGCUGUGGCCCUGCCGUACUUCGCGCCCGCGUCGAGGAUCCUCGCGCCCCGGUGCCCCCAGCGGAAGAAGCUCGCGGCGGCCAAGUCCGUGGUGCUCUUCGCUCCGCCGCCUCCCAGCCCCGAUCUGCCCGUCGAGGCGGUUCUCGAGUUCCUCAGCGCUCCUGACAUGGUGGUCGCCGCUCACUAGAGUGUCUCGCCGUACUGUUGUAUUAGCCUUGUAGAUCCGUUCGUCGCUUCUCUUGUUAGCUUAGUGUGCCGUAAAGUUUUCGUUGUUUCUUUGUACUGAUCUGGAUGUGAAAACAAAGACAUAUACAGAGAAGCAUGCUUGCUAUGUAGUAAUACAAAAUACAGUAAAGUGGGUAACGAAAAUUCGCAGUAUGAUCUCUAAUUCCUGUCAUGAUA